AAAUUGUAUCAUUCAAUCCUUAACCGUCUGAGCAGCUACACGGCAGCAGCAGUGAGCCAAGACCGAAAAACACACAAAAAAUACAGUUUUCCACCCAAGAGAAAGUGCGUUCGCCGCCGAACUACGUGAAAGUGUAGUGUGGAUCCGAAAAGGACUAUCGAAAAGAACACCAAUCGAAAACCGUGCAAGAACAACAGCAAACAAAAAACAACAAACCGCAAAAUGGCAAGCCAUAAAGUUACUUUCGGUGUCUUGUGUCUGGUCGCCCUGAGCGCCGCCCUUCCCGCUGAGGAGACGCGCGGCCACGCCCGCAACGCCAUCGGCGGCGAGAAUGACAUUAUGGAUAGCAUCUACAGCGACUGUCUGCGCAAGGACAGUGUGUCGUGCGUGAAGUACAAGCUGUUCAGCUUCGUGGACAAGGUGCUGGGCGCCCGCGACCAGUUCGCCCUGACCGAGGGCGUGACCGUGGUCCGCUCGCCGGACGCCCCCCAGCAGGAGGCGGCCCGCUCUAUCUCCGGCGACGAGUCUUUCGAGUCCCUGGCCCUGAACCGCAUCAGCAGUUUCCUCAACUCGCACACCAUCAAGGUGGAGCUGAAGGGCGCCGACAUUGUGCAGGCGGUCAGCUCGACGGGCCGUGCUUUGGAGGACGCCUCCGAGUCGCUGUUCGGCUCCAACGACCCCAACGCCCCCGAGGAGAGCCGCGGCAAGAAGAAGAAGGCCGCCAAGAUCCUGGGCCCCAUCCUGGCCCUGGUCGCCCUGAAGGCCGCCGCCCUGCUGCCCCUGCUGCUUGGCGCCAUCGCCCUGAUCGCCGGCAAGGCCCUGCUGAUUGGUAAGAUCGCCCUCGUCCUCUCCGCCGUGAUCGGCCUGAAGAAGCUGCUGUCGCAGGAGAAGCACGUGACCUACGAGGUGGUGGCCCACCCGCACCACAGCAGCAGCCACUCGACGAGCCACGACUCGUAUGGCAGCGGCUACAGCGCCGACGCCGGAGCCUCCUCGGCCUCCUACGGCAGCAGUGGACACGGCGGCUGGGGCCGCUCCAUCGAUGCCCAGGACCUGGCCUACGGUGCCCAGAAGCCCGUGCAGGCCUAAGUCACAGCAUCGACACCGACACCGACACCGUCACACAAACUCACUCAAGAAGAAGAAUCAGAAUCGCGAAAAAAGAAGACUCGACGACUUGACGACUCUCCGACUUUCGAAGAGGAACACACAUUAUUUAUCGUUCGUUUUAAUUAAUUUAUUAAUUUAAUUUAUCUUAUUUAUUUCUCCAAGCAAUGAAAACGAAAAAGAAUGAACCACAAGCACACGCAUAACACAUAAUGUUAAACCGGACAGAAACCAGAAUAUCAGAACCAUAUAUGUUAGUUGUUAAAACUGAUGAAGCUAAAGUUAAGUUUGUAAAAAGAGCGGCCAGCGAGAGUUACCCCACAAGUUGCAAAUACUCAGCCUUAAGUCUAAGCUCGCACAGCACUGCCCCGAACCAUCAGCCACUGCAUCCAUAUCUAAUGCACUCUCAUCUCUCAGUCUCUAUAUCUAUAUCUAAUCUGCAUCUGCAUCUGCAUCUAUUUUAUCCAUCUCUCUUUAUCUGUGCUUCCAUCGCUAUAACUGUAUACUGCCUAUACCAAAACUCUGUAGGAUUGCCAUGCAAUCGGAGCAACGUACAAAUCUUAACUCUACAACCUAUAUCUGUACUCUAUACUCUAUACUCAAAACUCUGUUCUUCACAUGCAAAUCUAGUCUUACAAUACAACAACAACAACACCAGCAACAAGCAUGCCUACUAUUAGCUUUAACUCCCACUAGCUCUACCUCUAACUCUACUCGAUCUAUCACUUCUCCACCUGACUUCCUCAAUCUUUCUGAACUGUGCUUCAUUUCUCGCCUUCAACUGAGUAAUAGUUUUGGUCAUUCGCAUGCCAUCACUUGCCAUAGGUCUCCGAACACACGUACGCCACACCAAACUGAACUCAUUUUCCGGCUCUGGUCUACCUUUGAGCCACUAUUUCCUCACUCGACAGUCGACAUUCGACACUCUACUUCCACUUCGACUCUUCAACUUUCUCAUUUCUCAUUUCUCCUAUCUGCCAUCUCUUUCGCCGUCCUGCAUCUGUCACUUUCUAGCGCUCUACUUUCCCAAAAAAACAGACCCACUACUCUGCUCACACAUGCACACGCCACGCCCAGCUCCCUAACAUUAGUGAAAAUAUUUUUUUUCAAUAUUUUAACUCCUUAAGCGUACUUUGUGCACCCGCGCGACUCGAACCGCUUGUCGGCCCGAUUGGUGUCGGGCUCGCCUGCGCUGUGGACCGAAACAGAUUUUUAAUUAUCAACUUAAAAAUACCUUGUUUGUGACAUUUGGAGGGCUCUCUAGCCAGCGGGCGCAAGUUUCGAGUCGCCAGCACGUCGUCUACUUUAAUUUAAAUAUUUUAAGCAAAGUCGUACGGCGCUUUCACAACUAUAACUCCGGCCACAGUAGUAAGAUGAUGUUGAUGAUAAUCAUGAUGAUGUUGAUGAUGAUGAUGAUGAUGAUGUUGACGAAGAAGAAGCGUGAAGCUGCAGAUGUGGGCAACUCACACAGAUCACAAAACUCACUCACAAAAGAAUGUAAAUUCCAUAGAUUACAAUACCCCCUAUAUCUCUGUCACAUAUGCAUGUCAUUAACGAAAAAAAAUGAUGAAAAACAAUACACAAAAAAACGUUGAAAAAAACACAAGACACAACAAGCAAGGAAGAUUAAUAAAUAAAAAAUCAAUGAAAAAUCAA